GUGAGAUAAACAAAAACAUUCCAACAAAAUCUAUAUUUUUCAUUUGGAUAAUGAGUAGUUCCCCUUGUUAGUGCAAACUCUCAAUUUUUGCGAAACAAGUUGAGCAGUGUUGAUUUCUUUUCCCUCAACUCUGUUUAUUUGUGUGGUGGUCUAACUAGGUGUUUUCUCGGGAGAAUUUACCCCAGUUUGAGUUCAUCAUGCGAAAAAUCCGCAGUCCACCGCAAGAGCACCACGCUCCACCGGCACGUCCGUGGUGGAAGCAACACCUUGCGCGUCUCUGUGGAAAAAAGAUUCUGUACCCGGGGGGCAUCUGUCUCCAAGCAAUAGUUGCUUCAGCUGUUCACAGCAACUACUUGCGAACGGACAUUCCAACGUUUAUCAAUGAACCGGAUGAGCCGACGGACGCAACGGUACUUUAGGAGCAGGAAGGGAUCAUGUCAAUACGUCGUGAUAUAGCUACUGGUGCAUGACCAUGAGAGCAACAUCGCUACUUGUUUCCGCGGUUAUUGUUUCAUACAAAUUUGAUAGAAAAAACCUCUUCAUCCCCAGGUAAUUUACCUCCACCCGCUCGGUGGCGGCGGAGGGCGAAAUGGCGAUCAGCAGGCCAUGGAGAUGUUUGAAUGGUUCGAGAACAACCAGCAAAAAAAAUUUGGGAACAACGGAGCUGCAGGAACCAAAAAUUACAACAUCAAAAUCCUGGCCCCGAUCGCCCGGACCAAGCGCUCUUCCGGGCGGAGUCCUAGUUGGUACCAUUAUUACAAUAUCCUGUGCAAAAGUAUCGUACUCGUAUUGCAAUCAUGCAUUGCAAAUCCUUUACCUGAGAUCAAUCCGCAUUACAAAUUUCAUUUCUCAUGCUGAGGAAAUUUGUAAUGCAUUUAUACGAGUGCGAUACUUAUGCAGUUCAUAUACAAUUACGAUACCGAGCCGGAUAAUCGAGAUAUCGAGUGGACCGAUGUGGAGGGAGCGACGUUGGAAAUCGCGGAACUGAUUCGGGAGGAGCAGGAGGACCGAGGAAAUUUGCGGUACUUGCACGAAUUGAAAGCACAACAACAGCGCGGGAGCGGUGGAGGAACCGCUUCAGCUUCUUCCUCUUCAGGGGACUUCCAUAGUCGACCAAUGAUCAAUACCAUGGGCGCUAAUUUGGGCAUCAUAGGUCGUGGAGCUGGAGCUACAACCUCUUCGUCAUCUGCCUCGAGCAGUAGCGCCGCUGGUGGCCCCGCUAGUGCCGCAACAAGCACCGGACCAGUAGUUGCAACCACUACAGCGUCCUCCACGCAGACCAGCUCUACUCCCGCUCAUCAUGCGGAGCAAAAGCAAGAUUCCCGACCCUACCCGGUUUUCCUCUGUGGGAUUUCGCAGGGCGGGGUGAUGGCCCUGCACAUUGGGGUUGCAGCGGCGCUGUUGCACGAGAAUCCAGUCAUAUAUGCUCUGCAAAAGUAUCGUACUCGUACUAAUUGCAAAUAGGCAUGACAAAUCUUUUUCCGAAGUGAAAACAGAAUUACAAAUUGCAUUUGUCGUGCUGAGCUAAUUUGUAAUGCAAUUUUUACUAGUACUCCGAUACUUUUGCAAUGCAUAUCAUACCCGCGGGGGUUAUUUCCUACCACGCCAUGCCACAUCGACUGUCGGUGUCGGAUUACAUUAUGCCUUUGAUGAAAAAUUGGCAGAACCGACUUCUUCUCACCGCCGCGGAGGCAGCGAGCAGUAGUGGCGGAGGUGAUCAUGCUGCUGCUGCGGCAUCUUCCUCGUCGGCAGGAACAGGAAGUGGAGUAGAAAUGAACCAUGUUGCGCAAAAGCAGGCCAUCAUUUUCCACGGCGAAGAAGAUGCUGAAGCCGCGGCUCUGCGACUCCCCCCACCCCCGACGACCACUGUCCGCGCGAUGUCGAUCGACGAGGAGGAUGAAAAUGCUGCAACUACCGCUGCUGCUGCCCACAUUGCGGCGCAACCGACACCGGCAGGGCAGGAGGCGGCGCAGAUGGGCAGCGAAGAUCAGGAUGUGGGUUCAUCCAACAACGUUACCAUGACAACUGGCAGAAGUAGUACAAGCGGCGUUGCACCAGAAACCUCCGCAGGAACAACGAGCACGGGAAGUGUAAGUGAGCAAGAUCUAGCUCGUCCGGCGUUUCUCGGACAGGAUGGCUUUGAACAUCAAGAUGGGAACUAUCCACAGUAAAUUUCCCGUACACGUACAAAUGCAGUCUCUGCAUGACAAAACUUGCCUUCAGUCCUAGUCUAGCAUGACAAGUUGGACACUGCAAGUUGGCGAAAUUUGUCAUGCAUUUUGUACAUCAUUUACGGAAAAUUUACAUUGCAUAGGAACGGUACAGACCACACUGACAGUGACAUACAGGAUGUGGAGAUGAAUGAAGACGAACCAGAUCCCGAGGACGAAGAGGAGGAUGGUGAGGACCGGCGACGCGGAAGGGCUGGUGCUCAUCGAGGCUUUUUAGCCGCUGGGGGCCGGGGCGCGCCGGGUGCUAGAAGCAACACUUCUGGUGCACAACAACCGCCCCGGCGACCUGCUGGAUUUGCGUUGCAGCCCGUGCUGGCUGCAGAAGGCGAGGACAGAGGUGGAAAUGACGGGGAAGACAUGGACGACGAUGAGCAAAACCCACCGAAUGCGAACCCAGAACAUCAACAGGUCCAGGCGGCACACCCGACCACCUCGACUGCGAGCACCACACCGCUGAGCGUUCCUUUUCCGCCGGCAGCGGAGUCGGUCACGAAUCUUCCUGGCUCUCCUACACGACCCCAGCAAAUAAACGGUCAACAACUAUCCUCCCUUCCCGCACUAAGUUCCCCCUGGCGGCAGAUUCCGGUCCGUAUGUACGCCAGUAGACGCGACGGCAUCUUUCCGGGAGAUUUUGUAAAGCAGAAAGCGGACGACUUGUUCCUGAAUAAGCUGGAAAUGACGGACUACAAGAUUACCAUCCAGCCGGACAAACAGCACGCGGAUCCGUCCGGACCAAAAACGCUGGCGGAAAACAUUUUCAACCUGCUGCGCCAACGGGACGCGGACGCAAAAUUUUUACCGUAGGCGGAGGGAAAAGGCUGUAGCAGUAUGUGUACGAAAUAGAGUCGUAGGCAAAGCUCUUUGUCAUGCGGCUGCACGGGACUAACAAAAUGAAAAUUCGCUUCAAGCAAGACUCGUGCUGUAAGAUCUACUACAGAGUGGCUCCUGGUGUUACAGGAAGUAGGACGAGCGCUCGACGCAGAUGACAUUAAUAAGAAUCAGAUGAAGAUAAAGCCCGAUUUUGAAGCAGCACUAGUAGCAAGAACUCGGGCGGUUGUUCUACACCAGGUCUACGACGCUAUCCAAUUUUGAGCCUCCAGUAUCCUGGAGGACACAAAAAUUCGUCUGUGUCUGUCUCUGUGUUUGCACCGAGGCUGCGGCGCUUAGGAGUAGAUCUUUUUCAUCAUGGAUGGUCGACUGCAAGUGGAAAUACAAAUAGAAAAUGAAAGCAUAUACCAAUGAGGCUCGCCUCCUUUUCAUCUCCCCACAACUUGUUCGGCCUACACAAAAAUCUGAUUAUGCAGUGAGACUGCACGGAUGAAUGUCUUUCAACACUGGCAUAGCGGUAAACCCAGCAGCAGAACGUCCGGCCGUAAAAGCGCGCGUCGGGAACAACAGCGAGAGAUCUACGACUGCGACGGUAACUUAGCGCUGCGCCACUGCUGCUGUGCGCGACGGGAUAAGGAUGAUCAGUAGGAUCGUCUAGACUACGGUGAACAAGAUGUUUUUUUUUUGUUUUGUUUUGCGAAUGGUAACCAUUUUACGCCUUAGCAGGCUCGCCUGUUUUAAUACAAGAAGUGGCACGAUCAUAUUAAGAGAUGAGGUUACAGCAAUAGUAUUUGAAGAGAAGUCUUUUUUGAAAAGCAAAUAGAGGUUUAUAAGUGGGACCUCGUCCCCGGGACAAGGCGCAAGUAAAGAUCCGAAAAAUUUCAGCAGCAAGAAAAUAAAACUUUUAGAAGCAGACUGGUCCUAUCGUUAUAGAAGAGGUUUUUAUCUCCUUGUAAAAGAAUCCUUAUCUUAUCCUUACUCGAUCAUAGUGCGCUAAUUACCGUGGGAAAAAAAGCAGUAAGUAAAGGUAAAGCGAGAAGCGAAACAGACGAACUCACGAGGAAAGAAACUCUGAACAGGACGAAAUGUUGCGUAGCCCGUGCGGUUUUUCCCAACCGCCCGAUAGAUAGAUAGAUAGAAACAGAAUGCGAAUGAGCAAAGUGAUCGCGGAUUCUAUUUUCCUGAGAAUACAGUGAAAAUUUGGUUUGAUUACUUACAGCUUUCAAAAGUAGAAUCGACACGGAUUAUAUAUCAACCUCUCUUGAGCGGAAGCGGUUUCCUAUUCAAGAUGACGAGGAACGUGGCUAUUUGUGACGUCACAAAUACCACAGACGAUGAC